GCCAAUUUCGUCAGUGUGCCGUUUUACAUUAGCCGGAAAAGAAGAUCGUUCCAAAUUAAAUGCACAACGUCACUACGGAUAUUUUCAAUCAUGCCAAUUGAUCAAUUUAAACAAGGUCAAUAUUUGAAAAAUGGACACGAUCAUUUGAAAAUCGAUGAGCAGCAGAAAAGUAGAACCAACGCAAAAUGAAGUGAAGCGAACAGAUGGCAAUGUUAAAAAUAAAUUGAAAUUAGUUUACAAAAAUCGAAAGUCAACAAAUCAGAUCGUGUUGUGUUCGGAAUGUACAGAUGAAGUGUCUAUAGACGAUGAAAUAAAAUGUUGAAUAUUAUUGUCGGUUUUCAGUUCAUUUGAACUGUUCAAAAUUCGGAUGAUCGUUGAUAUACUGUGAUUUAUUGAAGAAAAAAAAGUGAACUUUUGGGCUGUGGAACUGAAGACGAAUGAUGCAAAUCAAUUGAGAAACAAAAUGACGUUGCUCAGUAUAGUUCAAACGAGUUAAAAUAUCAAAUCUUUUUCGUUUUAAUUUUUUUUCUUGCAAUUUUUGUCGAAAAUCUUUCCAUCGAAAAUUUAAUUAAAACCAGCUCAAUAGAUCACAUUAUGGCUCAUAUGAAAAGUACCAAAGCUCAUUAGUUUUGUUGUUUUUCUUGUGUUUCGCUGGCUAUUAGUCGCUAUAUCUCUCGCUACGCUUGAAAAACUUCUUGGCACAUUGACAUAUUGAACAUAUAUGCGUACGACAAAUAUUCUAUUAAUAAAUUGUCAUACUACGUUUGGCGCUCAAACAGUUGAUACGUUUAGGUUCGAGACGUUAGAAAGGUAAAACAGUUUUGGAAUUUGAUGAUGCAGAAUUUGUGGAAGAAAGAGAAAACCCAGUCGAGGGUUCAGUACAUUGAUCUAUUUGCAGAGUUAAAUAACCGAAAAGUGGCUUUUCUAACGGUCAACCCGGGAUGUACCAACCUCAAUUCGACUUGUGCGAAAAAUAAUGAGAAAUCAAUUCGUUUUCGUGAUCGUGGCAAUGAACAAUUUCAGUUGAAAAAGUGGUCCAAGGCAAUGGAUUUCUAUAAUCAAAGUUUGUGUUAUGCUGAAAAUGGAUCGAAAAACGUUGCAUUGGCAUAUGCCCAUAGAUCGGCUUGUUUUUUCCAUAUGGAAAAGUACGAAGAAGCUCUGAUUGAUAUUCAACUUGCUAAAAAUGCGAACGUAAGUGAAGAUCAAUUAACGGAGAUGGACCAACGUAAAAGCGAAUGUGAAAAAUUGAUUGUUAAAAAACCGUUGGAAAAUCUUCCAAAAUUAAGCUAUGAAGCAGAUACGAAUUUCCCAAGCAUUGCAAAUGUGCUGGAACUAAAGAAUAGUCCAGAAUUUGGACGAUAUUUUGUAGCCAAGUGUGACAUUCCGUGUGGAAAAAUCGUGUUGGCCGAAGAGAGUUUUAUUGGAGUGCGAAAAGACAAUCCAUGGAUGUAUUGUUCGGAGUGUCUUCAAAUGAAUACCAACCUGAUACCGUGUCAAAGCUGUGCCACAACGGUGUUUUGCAGCAAUAAAUGCAUGGCAAAAAAUACGGCACACAAAUGGGAAUGUGGCACAAAUUUCAAUUUAUUUGAUUGCGAAAUCAAAUUUCAAGGACAAGCGAUAUUUUUGGCCAUCGAUACAUUUGGCAGCAUUGAUCAAUUGAUGGAAUUCAUUGAAAGUAUUUUAUGUGAUGUAGAAAAACAACCGAUGUCAUUGCUCGAUUCAAAGUCAAAGUAUCAUUUCUUUUUUAAUCUCAGCAAAUCGCUACUUCAUGCUGACGAUAUUUUGCUGGUGUAUAAAAUUUAUAUAGAUUUGAUGAAAAUCCCAAAAAUAGCCGCCCUCUUCGAUUCGAAAGAAAAGCAACGAUUUUUAGCGCAUUUGGUUGCACAUCAUUUUUUGGUGAUUUUAAACAAUGCACACGGAAACAAUUCAUAUCAAUCAGUUGGUGCAAUUUUUUCAAUGUUUAACCACUCUUGUACCCCGAAUGUGAUGCAAUUUUUUGAUGGAAAACAACACUUAGUGACCAUUCGACCAGUGAAGAAAGGUGAUCAACUGUUUAUUAGCUAUUUGGGAAAACAAAAGCAUUCACUGGAACAACGACAAGAAAUCUGCAAAUCGAAAUGGAACUUUAUUUGUAACUGUGAACGUUGCAAUUCAGUCGGUGAAAUUGUUGAUCACAAUACCAUCACAUCUGAUGUUCAUUACAUAUUUGUACUCGAAAAUGGUUACACCGAAGACCAAUCCAGUGAAGUUUUAGAUCAUUGCGAGAAAUUUCUCAACAAUUAUGCACACUUACCUUGGUCGGACGAAAUUCAAUUUGUCAUUGAUAUUUAUUGUGCACAUCUAUCGAGAAAUAAUCUUAAUCAGUUAUUGUAAUUUAUGUGAUUCCCAAACAAUUCAUUACAUUUAAAAGCUAUAAUAGAGAAUAGAAUGGCCAAAGGCCGGUCAAAUUUUGUCUUUAAAAUAUUUCAUUAGCACAGAUUUUCAAUUGGCUUUCAAAUUCAAAACUCAUGGUGGUUUCAAACUUUGAGGUGGAAUUGUAUUGGCAGACUUUGCAGUAAUUUAAUAGGUAAAGUGGCAAUCGCCGCAGAGGGAUAUUGAACGAUCUUUACCAUUGAAUCUAACUGGAGAAUAAUAUUUUUUAUCGAGAUUGAAGUGGAUUUAAUCAUAGUUUAAUGCACAGACAUAGUCACAAUACAGCACGAGGUUAUUCACUUUUAUCACCUGUUCACACUUCAACAUCACUUUUUCACCAUAAUUGCUCAUUUUAUUUUCACUAUAAUAUAUUUUUGUAAGAAUUUGUUGAUUAUAAUCCAGGUUUCGAAAUAAAUAGAACUUUUAAACGAAUAAAU